GAGGAAUCCAAGAUGAAUUUGGAGCAGGAGAGGCCCUUUGUCUGCAGUGCCCCAGGCUGCUCCCAGCGCUUCCCCACAGAGGACCAUCUGAUGAUUCAUAGGCACAAGCAUGAAAUGACUCUGAAGUUUCCCUCAAUAAAAACAGACAGUAUGCUGGCAGAUCAGACCCCGACUCCGACGAGGUUCCUGAAAAACUGUGAGGAGGUGGGCCUCUUCAACGAGCUGGACUGCUCCCUGGAGCAGGAGUUCAGGAAAGCCCAGGAGGAGGAGAGCAGCAAGCGGAGCAUCUCAAUGCACAACACGGUCAGUGGAGCCAUGACGGGGCCUGGCACUCACCAACUUGGCAGCUCCCGGAUGUCCAACCACGACACCAGCGUGGUGAUUCAACAAGCCAUGCCGUCUCCGCAGUCCAGCUCCGUCAUCACACAGGCCCCUUCCACCAACCGCCAGAUCGGGCCUGUUCCAGGCUCUCUAUCUUCUCUGCUACACCUCCACAACAGACAGAGACAGCCCAUGCCAGCCUCCAUGCCCGGGACCCUGCCCAACCCCACAAUGCCCGGCUCUUCGGCAGUCCUGAUGCCAAUGGAGAGACAAAUGUCAGUGAACUCCAACAUCAUGGGGAUGCAAGGGCCAACUCUCAAUAACCCCUGCGCCUCUCCCCAAGUCCAGCCCAUGCAUUCAGAAGCCAAAAUGAGGUUGAAGGCCGCGCUGACUCACCACCCUGCUGCCAUGUCCAAUGGGAAUAUGAACACCAUGGGACACAUGAUGGAAAUGAUGGGCUCCCGGCAAGACCAGACGCCACACCAUCACAUGCACUCACACCCCCAUCAGCACCAGACCCUCCCACCCCAUCACCCCUACCCACACCAGCACCAGCACCCAGCACACCAUCCACAUGCUCAACCCCAUCACCAUCAGAACCACCCCCAUCAUCACUCCCACUCCCACCUUCAUGCACACCCGGCGCAUCACCAGACCUCGCCACACCCACCCCUGCACAGCGGCAACCAAGCACAGGUUUCCCCAGCGACCCAGCAGAUGCAGCCCACCCAGACAAUACAGCCGCCCCAGCCCACCGGGGGACGCCGGCGGAGGGUGGUAGACGAAGACCCCGAUGAGAGGCGGCGGAAGUUUCUGGAACGAAACCGCGCGGCUGCCACCCGCUGCAGGCAGAAGAGGAAGGUCUGGGUGAUGUCACUGGAAAAGAAAGCAGAAGAGCUCACCCAGACAAACAUGCAGCUUCAGAAUGAAGUGUCCAUGUUGAAAAACGAGGUGGCACAGUUGAAGCAGUUGCUGCUGACACACAAAGACUGCCCUAUAACAGCCAUGCAGAAAGAGUCUCAAGGAUAUCUGAGUCCCGAGAGCAGCCCUCCUGCCAGUCCCGUGCCUGCCUGCUCCCAGCAGCAAGUCAUCCAGCAUAACACCAUCACCACGUCCUCGGCCGUCAGCGAGGUGGUAGGAAGCUCCACCCUCAGUCAGCUCUCUACUCACAGAACAGACCUGAAUCCUAUUCUUUAAAACCCACCGGUCAGACCUUGCCUUCCCGAAGAGUGGUAGCAUCCCACGGGCCCUUUCUCUUACGGGCAUCUGUAGAAUUCUCUCCAACCUGGACGACGCCUCAUCCCUCAAAGACUGGCUUUCAUUUUUAUAGUUACUAUGGAAAUGUUGUCUUUUAUACUUAGUUAUAUAAGAAGCAAAAAAAAGGGAGUUAUGCAAUUAAUACCUAUCAGCUUGGGAAAUGCUUUGGUGCUUUUCUCUGAUUUUCUGGUACCAGUUACUUGUUUAUAAAGGGAACGCUUUCUGUAUAUAGCCAUGGGUUCAUUCUUACCAGGCCAGCCCUUUGCCUGAAACAUGAACUUGUUAAGCUGCAGCUUUUAGCCAAAACGAGGCAUCCCUGCAUGUCAAGUGAGCCCCAUCCGAGGUGAGUGGGUGGGGAGUCUGACAACAUCCUAACGUGUUGAAUCUGGGUAGUGACAUCACCACUAUCUCAGAUAAACACAGAGCCUUUAAAAAAAAUGUUUAUUUUCUUUUAAUAUAUGUGUAUUAAAAACAAACAGAAAACCGUAGGACCCAUUGAUGUCCAAGCCAACCCAUCAAACAUCUCACCACCUCCGGACCUGCUUGGUCUGCUUGCGCAAAUGCCCAUUCUUCUCUCCAGUUUACUUUUACUUCUACACACGAUUUACUCUUCCUUCUGACUGUGUUCUUUUAUUGUUUGGUUUUUUGU